AAACAGAAUCAUUGGCAACGCCAUGUUGUUUGGGUGAUUUUGGAGACGAGAGAUUUAUUGAUCGAGUUUAAAUAUCAUAAGGUUCUUUCGACUGAUAUUUCCGCUUCAAAUUAUUCCUGUUAGUUGAAAUCGUUAACCAAGUGGUCAAAAUAUUACGAAAUGACGGCCGUCGUCGCUCAGAAAGGAGAUGGCUCCAGAACAUACACAUUUGCAAGUCAACCUCGACCUGUCCAACAAAGAAAAAAAUAUCGGGAUCCACUAACCCAAGAGUAAGUGCUGACGAAUCAUUUAACUUUUGAAGUAUUUUACGUCCUGUAGUUUUUACUAAGUAUUUCUGUCGCGAGAUACAGAUAAUAAAUAACAAUCCUGUCAAUCGUACACCGAUAUCUGUGAAAAAUCGAUUUAAUAUUAGGCUUCGUUUUUAUCCAACACGUCUUUUACCAAAAAAAAAUAUUUGCGAUGGCGAUACGUAUCGCAGCUUUGCGUGUAUCAUGUACAGGAAAACAGAGCUGUUCUUGGCAUAGCUUCUUAAACGUUUUCUUUAAAGGUUUAGCCCUAACAAAGCAAAUUACUCCUUAAAUAAACGCAGUAUUUGGUAUUGCUCGUAUACUGAGAAAUAUUUAUAACGCAUAUUUACUUGCUAGAACGUAUUGUGAUUUUUAUUUCUUCCCGUUAAUUUAGCGUGAACACUUGUAUAUUGAAGUUCUAGAAAUAGCGUGGACCUUGAUAGGUGCAGUCGAGACUCACUUUUUAAUCACUUUUUAGAAAUGAAAGUCCAACACCUUACGGAAACAUCAUGUACGAUCGGAGAAUUGUUAGGGGUAACACUUACGCUCAAAGGACUCUACCAGCGGUAAGUUGUUUUUGGUAUGCAGAGAAUCAUUAAUUUUUUCAGGAGUCUUUGAGUUGCUCCCUUGGAUAGAGGCUGAAUAAAUCUCAUGAGGGAAAUGAGUAGGGUUGAGUUGGGGGGGGGGGUGCUGAAACUAGCAAUGGUAAAAUCUCUGAUGUUUAAAUAUAUUUUAGAUAUUAUGCAAAUCCCAAAAUUCAAUUUGUACACUCAUGAGACUAAUUUAACUCAAAAAAAGCUUCUCUUGAAGUCAUUUCUUCAAACAUCUGUCAAAUUGUGUCUGAUACAAACAAAGUCCUCCCCAAUUACCACUGUUGGAACAUGAAUGGUAGGGAGUCACAUUUUAAAAUUAAAGUAGUAUCUGAAUUUUGUGAUUUACAGACAGCACAACCAGAUCCUAUAGAAAUUCAAAGACAACAAGAAGCAAGACGGAGAGCUAUAGCCAGAAAACGUGCCAAAGCACAGUUGAAACCUAGAUCACCAGAGCCUGUUGAAGGAAGGAAACAUAUUGAUGUACAAACAGAGCUUUAUUUGGAGGAGUUGAGUGAUAGAGUGGAAGAAGCUGAUGUGGAAACACAGACUGAUGCAUUUCUUGACAGACCUCCUUCUCCUCUGUUUAUCCCUGCAAAAAGUGGUGUGGAUGUUGCAACUCAAAUUUUAGAAGGAGAAGUAUGUUUUCAUUAUUUUGGUUACAUUAUAGUCCAAGGGGUUUGAUUUACCUUACAAACACAGGAUGGCUUCCAUCAUGAUUUAUACUCUAAAGAAUAAGGGCAUGUGAUAUACAUGUACAGUAUGCUUUAUACAAAUUUUGUGCGGUUCAGGUUAAUAUUUCUCACAUUGAAGUGAGCAAGUAGAAUCGUGAAACUGCAAUAAAGAUUUUAUUUUUCCAAAAAAAUUAUGCUUUCUUAAUGGGCUACUAUAAAAUUUUAAGAAUAAGCUAAAGGUUGGGGAAAUAUCUGCAAUGGUUUAUUUUCUCUUGUUGUAAAUGUAUAAUUUAGUUUUGAAUAUUGCUUUUGUUUUGUGCAGUUGUUUGACUUUGACAUUGAAGUUAAACCAAUCCUCGAGGUGCUUGUUGGUAAAACAGUUGAACAGGCUCUUCUAGAGGUGAUGGAAGAGGAAGAACUCUCAAAUCUUCGAGCCCAACAGAGGCGGUUCAAGGAACUCAGGAAUGCUGAACUUGUUGAAACACAGAGAUUAGAAGAACAAGAAAGACGGCACAGAGAAGAGAAAGAACGGAGAAUGAAACAACAGGCAGAAGUAUUGAGAAAAGAAAAAGAAACUGGUGAAAAGAUAUCAGCACGUGCCUUCGCUCAGGUGAGUAAAAUUUGGGAACUUUACUAUUUUUGUAACUUGUAGUCUGUAAGUCUGUGAUAAAACAGUACAAAAUUUUCAUGUCUGAAUUUACUAUUUUAAAAUGUAACAUUAUUUUUAACAAGAACUGAACCCCAACCAGCAACCCCUAAGUAUUUUGGUGUUUGCUCUCUUCAAUGUAUGUGGAACUUACCCCAUCAGUUCAGUUCUUAGCCUAGUUAUAAAUUUCUUUGAAUUGUUAUGCAGCUUCAAAAUAUGAUCUGAAAUGUGCUUUUGGAUUAGAAAGAUAAGUUAUUUCUUAUCUGAUUACAAAAUGUUUUUUUUUUUUUUUACAGAGUUACCUUGCGGAUUUAGUACCAUCUGUGUUUGGUUCACUAAAUGAAAAUGGAUAUUUCUACGAUCCAGUGGAAAGAGGUAAAGUGCAAAAAAAUUUGUUUACCUCUUCUGUCAUUUUUAUUUGUCUUUGGUUGCUGAGGUGAGGAGCAAGUGAUAUUUUCAGUAAAGAAAUACUUUUUCUCUACAGAUGUAGAAACAUACUUUAUGCCAUGGUUGUUGGAGAAAGUGGAGGGUGAAUUAAAUCAAAGUGUUGUUGCAAGAACUGUCCUUGAUGGUAAGCACUGACAGAUCUUUCUUUACAAUAAGGGACUGGUGUUUCUAACUUUACCUGGACAAGAACACUGUCAAACUGUUUCAAAUAACUCUCACCAUUGAGGAAAUUUGAUUUUAACAGAUUUUUGACUUGCCUUAUGGGAAUGAAUAGAAGUUGACUGAAGAUCAUCAGCAAUUUUGUUGCUGGAAUUUAAAAUUAAGGACUAAUGAAAGAUUAAACAACUAAGAUGUUAGAAAAGCAAAAUAAAAGAUACUCUGAUUUUUUGGAAGUUUAUUGUCAAGACACAGAAAUAAAAGAAUUUAAAAAGGGAUCAAUUGAUUCUUAUACUGUCCUGUUUUCACUUUCUAGCAAUCAUUAGAGAUGUUGUUCAAAAGCGUUUUGAAGUUUAUCAUAAGCUUGAGGAGGCAGCAAGGUUGGCUGCAGAGCAAGAGGCAGCAGCCAGGGCAGCAGAAGAAAGAAAGAUAGCUGAAGAAAUUGCAGCCAAAGCAGCAGUAGCAGCAGUAGAAGAGACCAAGGCAGAUGAGGCAGGAGAACAGGGCGACCAGGAAGCUGGAGUAGAAGGUGAUGGGAGAGAAACAGCUGAUAAACCUGAGGAGGAUAGUGUGGCUGGGGAGGAUGUGGGCAGUGAACAGGCUCCCACUGCUGAUACACCUGCUGAGUCAGUGCCAAAAGAUUCUGAACCUGCAGAAGAUGCUGCCGCUGAAGAAGAGUAA